CGAGCGGGGAAUAAUCCGGAGGAUUAUGCGCGCGGGCGCGGCGCCCCCCCCCCCUUCGCCUGCCCUGCAUAUCCCCAGAUAUUCCAUAAAAACCUCAAAUCCCCGGUGGCAGCCCCGCGGUCUGCGCCAGCCGGCCCCCCCGGGCCAGGCAUGUCCUGCGGCGCGGGGGCAGCCCCCAGCCAUGGGCAACUGCACCAAGACCCCUGAGCGGCGGCUCCCCAAGGACGGGAAGCCGCGCUCUGGCGUCCCGGGCUCCGGCGGGGGGGACCCGGAGGAUGCGCUGGACUCGGCGCAGACCCCCACUCUGCAGGGAUACUCGGUGCUGCAGGGGCUGGUGGGGCCGGCCUGCAUCUUCCUGCGGCAGAGCAUCGCCAUCACCCAGCGGGUACGUGCCCCCGUCUCCUCCCCGCGCUGCCCGUGCCCCCGGGGGGGUGAGGGCAGGAUCCCUGCGGGAUCCCUGGGAGUAGAACCCCUCCUUCGGCUCUUCCCGCUUUCUCUCCCCCAGGACCGGGAGCUGCGGCCCGAGGAGAUUGAAGAGCUGAAGCACGCGUUCCAGGAGUUCGACAAGGACCACGACGGCUACAUCAGCUACAAGGACCUGGGCGAGUGCAUGCGGACCAUGGGCUAUAUGCCCACGGAGAUGGAGCUCAUUGAGCUGUCACAGCAGAUCACUGGGGGCAAGGUGGAUUUCGACGAUUUCGUGGAGCUGAUGGGCCCCAAGAUGCUGGCGGAGACGGCGGAUAUGAUCGGGAUCAAGGAGCUGCGUGAUGCCUUCCGUGAGUUCGACACCAACGGGGACGGGCAGAUCAGCAUGGCGGAGCUGCGGGAGGCCAUGCGCAAGCUGCUGGGGCAGCAGCUCAACUACCGCGAGGUGGACGAGAUCCUCAAGGACGUGGAUCUCAACGGCGACGGCCUGGUGGACUUUGAAGAGUUCGUGCGGAUGAUGUCGCGCUGAGGGCGGUGUGUGCCAACGUGGGACCCGGGCCCCCCCGUGCCUUACGACGAGGAGGGGGCUGUGCAGGGCCCCCCAGCUGCAGGGGCUGGGGCGGUGCCACCCCAGCCUGGGGUGAGGCCGGGCGCCGGGGCUGCUCUGAUGCCGAGCUGCGACUGCGGCGGGAGGCACCGGGACCCAGGCCGGGACCAUUUUCGGCACAGACUCGGCCGAGCUUCGGCCACUCUCGCUCUCAUCUCUUCUCUCUCCCUCCAUCAUCCCCCUCCCCCCCCGACCUCACCCCAAAAGUCAGACCAUCACAGUCUCCUCUACUCCAGCUGUACCCCCUCCUGCUGCUCAUCCCUACACCCUCUGUUCCCACCCUGUAUCCCAUGCUGAGCCUCUUAGGCUCCCCCUACACUGUGUUUAAUGUUGACCCCACAGCACAACCCCCUCCAUCACCACGGUUUGAGCUCAGACCUACCCCUAACCUGCCUAAUAUCCCCAGUGCAGGGGACGCUCCUGGGGAUCUCAGUGCCCUGCCGGGACCCCCUUGAGGAGAGAAACCGGGAAUCAGGUGUUCCCAGGCGGAGGGGGCUCGGUGUGCUGCAGGCAGGGCUGGCACGGGUGCCCUUCCUCACCCUGGCUGCAGUUUUGGGGUCAAUUCUGCCCUUUGGAAAUGAAAAAAAACUAUCUCUGCA